UGUCAUUAGUGUCACAUUUUGUUGAUUUUGUUAGCAGUUGAAAACGCUUGUUUUCCUUUUAAUAUUUAAUCGUUAUUGUGAUACCAAAUAGUUAUUUUAAAAAUAUACUACUAAAACUGAUAAAACAUAAUCGACACUAUGACGGCCGCGGACAAUGAGUAUCCUAAGGCUUCAAAUGCGACUCUCAUCGGAGCCAGCCUAACGUACAUCGCUGGCCUAUUUCUUCUCCUAUCGUUUGCCGGUCCCUAUUGGAUCGAGUCGUAUCCAGAAAUGUUUUCGAGUUUCAAACACAUGGGUCUAUGGGAGUACUGUUUCGACCGUUUUCGAUUCCCUUCAUACCAGUUUGACAAACUGUUUCAUGGGUGCCACUACAUCUUUAGUGAGGAAUUUUAUGUGAUUCGAGAAUGGUUGCUUCCUGGAUGGUUGAUGGCAGUGCAGUCAUUUGUGACCAUGGCUUUGAUAUUGUCAUUCUCAUCUCAAGUGUUGCUAGCUUGUGUAAUAGUGAGAUGGCCACUCCGCACUGUGCUGCGUUAUGAAUGGAUCUUUGUCACUUCUGCUUUCAUCAUGGUAGCUAUUGCAAGUGUGUUCCUAUUCCUGGCAGUCGCCAUAUUUGGUGGGAACUGCUACCGUCGUGACUGGCUGCUGUAUCCUUCAUUCAAUGUUCUGUCAUGGUCAUAUGCUUUUGCUGUGGUUGCCUUCAUUUUGUUUGGAGCUGCAGCGAUACUCCUGUACUUGGAAUCCCGAAAGCUUUAUGAACUGCGUUUGGAAGCAAAGAAUUUGGUGGCUCAGAUGCAACAUAGUCAGCCUGAACAUGCUCUGCAUCAGUUGCGCGACCAGUUGCAGCAACAACGUCAAAUGGGUUACAUGUAAAAUAACAUCUGAUUUCAUACUUCUUCAAUGUACUUUAAACACAAAGCUCUAUAUUGAACACAAAGUAGAACAUAUUUUUAUGACUCCUUAGAUAAUUAUUAUUCGGAUAAAUUAUACUGUAUCUUAGGCUCGCACACCUCAGGCUGCACCAAGGUGCAGCCUGAGGUGUGCGAGACUUCCACGAAGGUGAAUAAACCAAGGUUUAUUCCAUUCGUGGAAGUCGUGGUUAACGGCACUGACCAGGAAACCGCAGGGAUACACGUACCGUAACUACUACGGUAUUAAUCCAACAAAUCUAUUAUGUAUAUGUGGCUGCCGCACUUUUGCAAUAUUUCAUGGAUUAUAAACCAGUCGCUGGAAAAACCGCUCGUGUGUCUGUUUUCUUAUUUGUAAAUUCGCGCGGCUGAAAAUCGCUCCGAUUUAACUGUAGUGCGGCCGGGCCUCACUCAGCUUGUCUGGGGCGGGAAACAAUUACACAGCUGCCAAUAAAAAUAAAGCUUGUAAUAAGAGCUAGAAUAAAAGAUUACAUAAGAUUACUAAAUCUUGUUAUUUGUAAUCUGCAUUAUGAGUAAUCUAUUUACGAUUUUACUCUGGAUUACUAAUGAGGGAGUAAUAGUAAUCUUGUGUAAAAAUGUAUUUUAUUAGAUCUAAGCACUAAAAAUUCACGAAACUCAUAGAAUCUCAAGAAAAGACAAUUUUGUUUUGACGUUAGGUCUUACAUAUUUUACAGGAUUUGUGUUCUAACGUAAUUAGGCUAAUUGGUUUUAUUUCACUUUAUGUACUUACAUUAUGUAUUUUGCCCUCCAUAAAUAUUCUCAAGCAAUUUUUAAGGUAUGAAUUAAAUUAGUGAGUAAUUUUGAUUUGAUAUUUUAUACACUAAGUUAUUAAUCAUAAUUCGCUUAUUUUACAGUUUUAAUUUGUGACUGAAUAUUUUUUCAUUCUGUUGACUAACAGUUAUUAUUAUUUUUAAGUCUUACUUAAUAUUAAGUAUUGUAUGUACAAGAAUGACAUUGUCUUAAUUUUUUUCUGUUUAUUAGUUUACGUAUUAUUUUUAUUAUUCUAGGAUUGGUUUUUUACGUUUAUGACAGUAUCUGUUUUAUCAAAAUGUAUUUUAAUCUAAUUAUAAUAAAGUUUUGAUUAAACAAACACUAACUUGUAACUAAUGAAGUCAAAUGAGUGCCUUGAAGAAAAUUAAUCUGUAAACAGUGCCUUCGUGUAUUAUUGUUAGUUAAAACAAAUCCGUCCGAAAAAUAAUAUCAUUUGUAUGCCAUUCCAAGGAUGAGCACUGAUUGUAUGUACUGAUAAUUUUAAAUAAAUAAUAUUUUAGUGAACAAAUGCAUU